AUGAAGAAGUCUUGCAGACUCUCAGUUUGUUCCCGUGGCUUCAACAGAUCUUCACAGUGUUGUGGCCGUGCCUGCAUGCAUGUGGUUACAGAGAAAUCUUUUUCACACUUGCAGGGAACGCAUGCGCGGAGAGGAAACCAACUGGUUUGUGUCAAGUCGGAGGCAGACGGAUGUGAUCGAGCUGAAAAUCACCUGUAUUCUGGCAUUCAUGGUGACACAUCCAUGGGCUCAGAGCGGGCGGAGAUGCGCAAGAGACAGAUGCAGGUUCAUCAGGAAGCAGCUGCCAGUGUCCUUCAAGCGCGCCACAAAAUGGGAAACACCCCCACCAACGCUUCAAACGCCUGCUGCUUCUGCUGGUGCUGCUGCUGUAGCUGCUCCUGCUUGACUGUUAGAGGUGAUGAAGAAACCGUACAAAGGUCAACGUUUGAGCAGCAGCCAGAAGGAAACUCCAAUUGUGAAGAAAGCCCAAAACCCACUGUGGACGAAGCUCGCUCCUGGGCGGUGUCGUUUGAGAAGCUGAUGAAAAGCGGAGCUGGGCGAAGCUGCUUCAGGCAAUUCCUGAGGACGGAGUUCAGCGAAGAGAACAUGAUGUUCUGGCUUGCUUGCGAGGAUCUGAAAAAAGAGACGAACAAGACUGUGGUGGAGGAGAAAGUCCGCCAAAUAUACGAGGACUUCAUCUCCAUUCUGUCGCCAAAAGAGGUCAGCUUGGACUCCCGCGUACGAGAGGUGAUAAACCGCAACAUGCUGGAGCCGACCUCAUGCACGUUCGACGACGCUCAGCAGCAGAUCUACACGUUGAUGCAGAGAGACUCGUACCCUCGCUACAUUAACUCGCCUGCGUACACAGAUCUGCUGAACAGCUUGGAGGAGCCUCCCCCCGAGCCAUAAACUCUCUCCACUGCCACACCGUUAGCUUUUCAGCGCAUGCAUCCCCCCCAAACACACACAUACUCAAACAAAUGGAGGAGCUUUUGUGUAAAAAGUCAAGAGACCAGCUAUUUAGAGAAAGACAGACAGGAAAAUGAACCCAGCUGAAAGCCAGUCUUUAUCCAGCUGAUAACUGCUGUUUAUUUCCGCAUGAUUAGUGGAUUUCCAAAUCCUUCAGAGCAACCAAGAACAAAAGCUAGGUUUGGGAUCUGUUACUGUAUUUGUUCAGAAAACAUAUCUAUAUUUUUAUACAUAUAUAAAUAUAUAUAAAUAUAUUCCCUAGCGCUUGACAUUGCACUUUUCUACCUUAUUUAAAGCGGGAAAGCAUGUAUCUGUGAGCACUGCAUUUGUAUUUAGGUAUAUUGUGAGCCUUAAUGCAUAUUCAGUUCUUGUAGAAACCUGUAGGUUUUAUUUAAAUGUACCUUAGGAAGAAAGGAAAGUGCCUUGGAUCAACAUCUUCUACACAAGCACCUUUUAGUCCGACGUGAACGGUGCGACAAUGACUUCACAUGUUGGUGCUUUCAGCUCUUCUCAAAGAUAAAUAUAUGAAAGGUUUUUACAACUCGACGAGCUGAUACCCAGAGAUCAAUCUCGUCUGUGUGUUUCAAUACUGUGAUAUUAGUUAUAUAUUUAAUUUCAACAGAACAGGGAAAAAUAUGCUGAAUACAUGACCAUAAACACUGAUAUAUUUAUGUAUGAUAAAAAAAGGGAAUUUGUGUGAAAUAGCUAUUUGAAUUCUCACGAAUUAAAUAAAGCACAAUCAUAUGUUCUUGCUCUCAUUUGAUAUGAGCAUUAAUUAAAUGUUUUGUGAAUUCUUUAUUGGGCUGCCUUAGUCACCCAUUUGCACCCCUUAACCAGCUAGAUAUAUAGAAGCUUAUAUGAAUGCGUUAUGUGCAUCAGUACGGUUAACCUGGUGCUUUUUAUUAUUUAUUUUCAUGUUUUUUUUUCCUCAAAAUCUAAAUGGACUCCCUCUACUUUUUGGUUAAAUCUCGCUCUAGCAAGUUGCACCAUGGUCAGAUGGAUUUUAUUACCAUCAACAAGCUUGAAAUGUAAUUCUGCCGGAUAUUUGAACAUUCUUCUUGGCAGAAUCAGCCGAGCUGAUUUAAAUUAGCAUGUUUACUGUGAGAGGUUCAGUUAUUGUAGGGUUGAGGUCUGGGCUAAGCUAGUUAGCCUAUUUGGUCUCAUUAAAAAAAAAAAAAAAAAAAAACAGCCUGUGCUUGGACUGAUUAUCCUUCUGGACCACCAAACUUACCACCAUGAAACAACAGUGUUAGAUUUGGCUUUAAAUGCAAUAAUGUGGUAAUGGAGUAUUUCACUGUUUGUUGGCAACUAAACCAACUGAAUCAGCUCUAAAUCAAAAUCUAUAAUAGCUAAACUUCAAAAACUCAGCAUGGACUUUCCUAAGAUAAAGAUGGUUCUUAAGCAGUUUGUGAUUAACAAAUACAAGUCUAGGUUAAAACUUAAAGAGAAUCUGUAAGCCAAAAAAAGUAGUACUGAAAUGGCCCCUUUUUUAUUCUGUAAUAUGUGCACAUUUACCUGUCAGUUUGUAGUCAUCAACUCUAAACAUAGCAAUAAAAUAGUGCGGCAAAUCAAAAGUAACUGGCAUGAUCUGAAAGCAAAAUAAUGUCUUUUUUUUAUUUAUUUAUCUUGAGAAAAAGAAAAACAUCAGGAAAAUGCGAGUUUUGUCUUUGAUACCUAUCCGGAUUGGGCUGGAACCCUCCUGCAAGUUACUUUCAGUAUGAUUCAAAAAUACUCCCCCUGUAAAGGGAAAUGCAACAUGUUUUUACUAUUAUC